AUGGCCAUUCAAGCUACCCCCAUGGCCACCACGGCCAAGACGACGCUGCAGCCCGGCUCCGCCGUCAUCGCCGUGCAGGCCGCCCCCGACCAACGCUCCCGCCUCCGCCAUCUCUCCUCCGCCUACCCCAUCAAGCUCAUCUCCCCCCUCUCCCCGCCCUCCUCCUCCUCCUCCCGCGCCGUCCUCGCCUUCCUCCUCUCCUACGGCGGCGGCCUCGUCGCCGGCGACCGUCUCGCCCUCUCCGUCACCGUCGACCCCUCCGCGCGCCUCGGCCUGCUCACCCAAGGCAGCACCAAGCUCUACCGCGGCCUGCCGCCCUCCCGCACCGCCACCGUCGCCACCGUGCGCGACGCCGCCGCGCUGCUGCUCCUGCCGGACCCGCUGCAGCCGUUUUGCGGUAGCGCCCACGAGCAGCGCCAGACGCUGCGCUUACAUCACCGUGCGAGCGCGCUGCUGCUGGACUGGGUUUCCGAGGGGAGGCCGGGCUGCGACGGGGUCGUGUGGGCGCCGGCGGAGCUCCGGUCCGUCACGGAGGUGUGGCGGCUGCCGGAGGAUGAGGGGGCGCCGCCGAGGCUGCUGGUCCGCGACAACUUGAUCCUCCGCGGCGGGUCGGUGCGGGAGUGCGUAGCCGGGCUGGGCGUGGUCGGGACGGUCAUCGUCGGCGGGCCGCUCUUCGACGGCCUGGCGCGCUUCUUCCGAGACGAGUUCGCGGGUCUGCCGCGCGUGGGCGAGGUUGACUGGGCUCGCGACGACGACGACGACAACGACAGCGACAGCGCGAGGAGGCGAGGCGGCGGCCCGGAGGUGCUCUGGAGCGCGGCGGCCGUUCGGGGAUUCACCGUCGUCAAGUUUGGCGCCGGCAGCGUCGACGGGGCCCGGCGCUGGCUGCGCGGGAUGCUGGAGAGGGAGGGUACGGUGGCUCGGGAGUUUGGAACGCGAUUUUUGAUGUGUCUGCAAGAUAGAUAG